AUGCCCAACGAUCAGCUGGAGCGGAACCGCGAGCUCCUGGAGAAAUGCCAGAAUUUGCCGGCCACCGCGAGGUUUCUCAUUAAACUACCGAAAAGUAAAAAAAUUUUAAUUACCUUAGCCACUGUUAUACACAAAAAAAAUAUUUUUAAAAAAAUUCAAAACAUUUUUAACAUAAAUUUUAAUAUUUUAUGUUUUCAGAUAAUGGAGAAGUAAUCACACAUCACCCAGUUUUCAUGCGCGACACCUCAAAGUAUUGGUACAAACCAAGUAUCAGCAGAGAAGAAGGUAGGCUUAUCUUAACACAUAUAAAUACUUUCGUCAGAGGUUCGAAUUUUGUGAAACUUGAUGUGAAUUGAGACUGGAAUUAUGCAAUCUUUACGCUUUACUCUUUCGGCUUUAGCAAAAAUAGCAGAAACGACCAAGAUUUUUAUGUCAAAAGCUGGAAAAUUUUUAUGCGGUCUUUGUCAAUAAAAGCUUUAGGGUCAUUUCUACUGUAAAUUUUUUUUCAAAAUAAGCAAAUGCAAAUUUUCUGGAAGGUGACAUGAAUUUUUUUUUGCAAAUGCUGUCAAUUCCGGCAUUACCGAAAAUUGGAAUUUAAACAAAUCUCGCGAAGGAAUGGUCCCCAGAGGCCUUGGGAUUCGAAGAUACCACCUCAAUCUUCUGAAAGCCCAUGUAAAAUUUUGUUUGAAUUCCUUGUCAAACCAAAAAUCUUGAUUAAAAAUUCAGCCUCAAUUUACACCAAGUUUCACCAUCUCCGUUAUUCUUUAGACCAGUGAAAUGUUUCCCUCUAACCUUUCCAUUUCUUCAGCCAUAAACAUUCUCAAAGACAAGGAGCCCGGAACAUUUGUUGUCCGCGACUCCAACUCCUUCCCCGGUGCCUUCGGACUAGCCCUCAAAGUUGCACAGCCUCCAGCGGGCGUUGAGCGUGGAGAUGGGACGGAAUUGGUGCGGCAUUUCCUAAUCGAGCCUUCCGCUAAAGGCGUCAAACUGAAGGGAUGUAACAAUGAGCCGGUCUUCGGGACAUUGGCCGCUUUGAUUUAUCAGCAUUCAAUCACUGCGCUAGCUCUGCCACAGAAGCUGAUUUUGCCAGAAUACGAUCCGGCGCAGACUCCGGAACAUGUGAAUGCGAAUCAGGCGUUGUUGGACCGAGGGGCAGGUAAGGAAGGAUGAUUUGAAUUUUGAGUUUAUUUUGCUGAAGGCGUUUCGAGAUGUUUUAAAUGAUAAGAAAUUUUUCUUUUCCUUACUUCAUACUCACUUUUCUAGCCUGUAACGUGACUUUCAUCUGCUCAUUGGACACCGAAUCCCUUACCGGCCCCGAAGCCGUUCGUCGAGCGACCAACUACGGUCUCGAACUGCUCGCACGUCGACAACUUUGCGCCGUUCCGGUUCAUUUCAAGGUCUCGGCGCAAGGAAUCACCCUCACCGACAACACUCGGACCCUCUUCUUCCGACGUCACUACCCCGUCAACUCCGUCACCUUUGCCGGAAUCGACCCCGACAGUCGAACCUUCGACAACAACAACACGCAACAACUCCCGACCACGUAUGUCCGUCAGGCGCCGGUGUUCGGGUUCGUCGCGCGAAAGACGCCCAACUCGGCGGAGAACACUUGUCACAUCUUUGCGGAGCUGGACCCAGAGCAGCCGGCGUCGGCGGUCGUACGGUUCAUCACGAAUGUCAUGAUGGUGCAAGCGCGCGCACAACAGGCAGCCAUAUCUCGGACUACGAAUCAGUAAAGUAAAAGUAUCUUGAUCUGAUUGGGAUUUUUUUCGAUUUUUUGCAUUUUCCAAGCCGUAUUUUCGCCCAGAGUUCUCUACAACGUAAUUUUAAGCAAUUUCAUUUUGGGAAAAUAACAAAAACUUGAAAAUUGACUUUUGCAAAAUCAAAAAAAUCUCCGUCUGCCCAUCUGAUAUCAAGUAUAAUAUAAGUUUUUCAUCGUGUUUUCUUUUUCCGAUUCCUCAGUCCAAAUGUAUUCGAAAAGCGAUAGUUUUAGCCCAGAAAUUCUCGAUUUACUCUAGUCGUAUUUUACAUUUCGAUUGUUCUGUACAUUUUUGAGCUAUUAACGAUUCCCAUUGGUGCUCUCUCUCUAUGUAUUUGUUCUGAAAAAAGCGUUGGAGUAAUGUUGUUAAAUAGCUAUUUUAUUGUUCGAAUCAUCCACAGAUUGCCUUACAAAUGUCUACAGAUUUCAGUGUAAUAUGUUUGGAAAUAAAUUUUUCUAAAUUUUGUGUUUCCAUACAGUGCUGGACGACAUAAACACUUUAAAAAUUGCUGCAACUUUUGGCGGUAUAGCACUUUGUUUAUAUGUCAGUCUGUCGACCAAAACGCCAGCCGCGACUACUCGACGUAAAGCGAUGACGUGCGAUUCCAAGCCGCGACGAUCCGCCGUUAUUUUCCCGACAGACUACGGCUGAAAAACCGUCAACUUCGUUCAAUUAAAAAAUCAAUUUUACAAUCAAACGAUAAACUUUCAAUAAAGAUGCGCACAUAUUUUGAAUACCGACAUGCUGUAUCAAUUCUUUUCCCCUUAUUUACGGAAAUACGAUAGGGAAUUCUGAGCAACGACUGGCGCGGCAGUCCUUCACAUACGUCAUUUCUUCGUUACGCUUUACGGUAGGUACGUACACAAUCGUUUCGCUUUACGGUAGGCACGUACACAAUCGUUACGUUUUACGGUAGGCACGUACCUCGUGCGUUAGGAACCCUUGAUACACCCCCCCUUUCAGCAUUUAUUGCAUUAGUAAAAUCAGCGGGAUAAAAAUUGAAUAGAAUCAUUGCAGGUGGCUGGGCUGGGCUGGGCUGGGCUGGGCUGGGCUGGGCUGGGCUGGGCUGGGCUGGGCUGGGCUGGCUCAUGCGUCCUAUAAAAAUUUUUGCUUUUAUUCAAAUAUUUUUAUAAUAAAAAUUUUAAUUGUAUUCAAAUUUUUUUUGGGGGGGGGGGAGGUGAGUCAACCCAAAAAGAAUUAAAAUUCAAAAUUACCAUUUCACUUUUUCCUGUGUUGGGGUGUCGGUUGAUGCUGGUGGGUGGCGUCAGGCUGGUGGUGGUCGAUGGCCGGCUGGUGCUGCUGUCUGAAAAAAAAGACCCCCCUCCCACCCGGAUUAAAAUCCCCUUUAACUUACCCUCUCGUCGUUGAUGUUGUCCUGCUCUUCUUUCAUCUCAUCUUGUGCUUCGACGGACGCUGUAACUGAAAAUAAACGCGCGCAAAGAUUAAAAUUUUAAAAAAAACCCCUAUCCAAAUCGAUCCAUUCUUCUUCCCCGCCUCCUCCGUAGACGACAUUUUAACGUCGAAGCACGCUGCCGUUGCUUGUCUCCUGAAAAUAAAGAAAAUUAAAAUUGUAAACUCAAAAUUUGCGGGCCCAUCCCCAGCUCUAGUUUAAGGUCAAGGGUCGGGAAAUGAAAACUCGAAGAGUUUCCAAAUCCAAGAGUCGAAUCAAAAGAUUCGCAAGGAUUCGAAGAAUCCGAAGAGCUGAAAAAAUCGAAGAGAAGAUCCAUCGACGGCCACAAUGCUGGAAAAUAUGCCAAAAGGUCCAUUCUUGCGUCGAGACCAUCAAAAAGUCGACCAGAAUUCUGAAAAAAAUCCAUCAUUACGGCUAAGGGGGCAAAAUAUAACAAGAAAGGCUACAGAGUAACUUAUCUUAUUGUUCGUUGUUCCAAAUCGUCGACAGAACCCAUCGGCAUCCGUAAUCCUUGAAAAGAUGACAAAAAAUUUAAUUUUUAGGUCAAAGUCAUCAAAUAAUCGGCUAAAAAUCUGAAAAAAACCCAAUCAAAAUGGCAAAAAAAUAAACGAAUACGACAGAAGUCUACAGAGGCACUUAUCUCGCAGUUAUCUUCCAAAAUUUCCUGUGCAACAAUAUCGUACUUGGGCCUUUCAUCAAACUGCACGGUGCGGAGCGUUCACAAAUGCCUGAAAAUAUAAUAAGCUAAAUUUGAAAAGGUGGAUGGCCAUAAAAAAAUUGGACCGGUCAAGAGUAACCCAAAAGUAAACAUCAUCUUUUUAGUACAUGAAAAAAUCAAAAAAUUGUCUGAAAAAGUCACAACUUCAAAGAAAACGAGUAAAACGCAACAACCCGCUUUUUAUUGUCUCCUAGUAUCACAAAAUCUCAAAAAUCCCCCAAAAAUCACCUGGCCCACUUCCAAUGACACAAAUCACUUCCUCACAAUGACAUUAUAACACUCUGAAUUCACUCUCACAUUAUUGGCUUUACUUUCAAGAUCUCAAACCGCACUGUUCCGUCCAUAAACAUUCUGAACCACAAAUAACCUCAAACAUAAUCCACUGAGACCUCAAACAAUCAAGAAAUCGCAAAAUCUCAUCACAAAAACCAAGGCAAAUUCAAGAAUGCACCAUACGUUCGCACCCAGAGAACGAUAACCAACUCAGAAUCAGCCAGGACCAGGAUACGCACAAACACACACAAAGAUUACGCUUAGACACACAAAGAUUACUCUCGUCGAUUUCAGAAGCCCCACAGAUCAGAAGGAUGUCAUAACAGACCUUACAAUCCACUCAAAUCACAAAAACCGUUAAAUUGUCAUCACACACAUCCUUCAGAAGCCGACAGUACCAAGAACCAAUCAAUCCUUUCAUCAACAUGUCUUAUCCUCACACUCGAUAUCCCACAAGCCAAUAAUCCACUCAAAUUCCUCAUCAACAACACCUCAAACCCUCAAAAAUCAUCCCCAUCCACCCACAGGCCCCACAAGUCCCCCCAGUACUAUGUCUAAUAUUAUUGGCCAAUCCAUCCAAUUCCAUUGAAGAUACCACCAUCUUCGGCCAUCCAUCAGCUUCUGUGUCUACCGUCUUCGCCACCGACCGCACGUUGAAAGAACGACCAUUUUAACUGUCGAUUUUCAGAAUUUUUCCGGAUGAGAAGCGCUUUUUUUGAGUUUUUUAUUCAUUCCGUGAAUCGGUAUCGAUUUGAUAGAAAAUUUUGGAGAAGGCAAGGAAUUGACAAAUUUUGGAUGUAGUUCAUUACUUUUUAAAAAACGAUUCAGACAAUUUUAAGACAUGACUUGUCAUCAAUUAUGAUAUUAUUUACUUUAUAAUUGCUCGAUGACAUAAAUUAAUAUCUGAGGAACGGUUAAUCCGCAAAUACACUUUAAUAUGAAGCCGUACAGUGAUGAUUAAUCACCCAUGACUCCUUUUCACCACUCUCCUCUGGCUCUGUAUUUUUCAUUCCAAAUUGGGAGAGUUCUUAUUACAGUGAAACACUUGACACACUCGGGAAAUUUGGGUCAUCUCUCCCUCGUAAAAUGUUUUUUUCACGCGGUCUGAAACUUGGAAAACAAAGAAGAACACUCGAAAGUAACGUUGAUUGUUAAUCUUUCGGUAUUUCGCAUUUUGACAGCAUAUUUGUUUUAAUCCGUGUGCUCAAAAACUCCUGCGGGCUUAAUUUUUUUCUUAUCCAUAAUCGGUUGGAGUUUUUUUAGAUAGAAGCAAGUGCGGACGAGCCGACGUUCGUUUUUAUCCCCCGGUAAGUCCUCUUCUGUAUUUUUGUUGUUGGCUUUUAGAUGAAGAGGCGUUUGACGUGCGUGGAGACUACUUCUGAAUAUGUUAUACUAGGUUAGGAAGACCAAAGAAUUAUUUUUAUAGCUGAAGCAGAAGUUUUUUGUUUCCUACGUGGAAAGGUUCGACACGAAAUUGAGUGGGAUUUCUCCGGCAGGUUUCAAAGGGGUUUCGUAAUUUUUAUUGAGGUUUUUUGAUUAGCUGAUAUUAUACUUGGACUAGGUGGCAAAAAAAAAUUUUCAUGGUUUCGAGUGUUGAUUAAUAGCGACAGAUGGUAUUUUUAUUCUCUGAGCAAGCUUUAUUCUUUUUCCAUUAACUAAAAAACAAUUUUUAAAAAAAAUAUUUUAGUAGGUAAUAAGUCAUAUCAGUUUAGGUACUACUUGUAGUUUUUAAUAGUUUACGGCAAGAUUUGAUGUCAUAAAGGUGUAGUCUGACUCUCGCCUGCUGUCUAAGUCAAUUUUUCCACGCUUGCAUCGUAUUUGACCUGCGACACAACUCAAUUUAUUUUAGCCAAGAACAAAACUUAUGGCUAUCGAUCAGCCACGCCCGAAUUUCGGGUGGUCAAAGGGCAGACCUCGUCUGACGUCCGAAUCAUUCCUCCAUUACACGAUUCAUGCCUCAAAUCCCUCAUUGCCUCGCCAUAUCUGCGCAGCACGACGGGUUGAUGUUAUUGUUCAUACCCCCUCAACUUCUGGUAUUCAAUCGGGUUCAGCGGAUUCAAGUAACGAAGAAAGUCGUCAAGACAGUGGUAGGUUGGAUGAACGGGUUGCUGACCGUCUUUCGGAGCACAUGGAUCACGGGGAAGCCAACAAUGAACAUAUUCACCAUGAGCCGGGUCAAGUCCAAGAUGAAAAUAUUGCCUUUCCUCCGAAUUUGAUGCAAAAUCCGGCGGCUGAUGAUGACGAACCAAUCCCUCCCGAAGUCUACGACGAUAAUCUUCGGCGAUUUGACGAUGUGAUCCCCGGUUUCCAUCCAGAAGGCCUCCUUUUAGGCUCUGACACUGAUGAUGAUGACGACGAUGAAUACGAUGGUGAUGAUCUAUAUCCACCUCAUUACGACUACGAUCUUCCUGAUGUAUUUCUACAACAGAUUCAACAAGCAGCUAUUGAUCAAUUGGGAGGGAAUUUCUUCGGGGACUACGAGGAGGACAGCGAUUUCGACACAGAAUACAGUUUUUCUGAUGGAAGUGCCGAGAGAAUGCGAUUUUUGAGAUGUCUGGUGAGUGGGGUUUGACAUCCUGGUGUUGAGGAUUAAAACUUUUUGCCUUGAAAUCAUGUUUAUUUACAGUGGAUUACCAAGCUUGGGCUCCAGGAUACACAGAUUAGCUGAAUUAAGGUUUCCUUGUCUUUCGAAAGGCUUAAUUAUGCUGGAUUUUGGAUUAAAAUUAAGGAAUAUGCCCUUAAGGUUUUCAAAAAAAUAACUAAAAGCUUUUGGAUCUAAAAAAAUUGUAUUAAUUCACCUUAUUCUAGUUCCUUUCCCGUCGAACUCUGGCCGCUGUUCAUGAAUUAUUCCGAGGGAUCUGGUUGGUCUGCGACUUCGAAGACAAAAUCAGAUUCACACAGGAGAAGAAUAGAGACGCUUCGGUUCAUUUACCCUUCUGCAUCACUUGCCGGGAUCUAAAACAACUCACCGCAAUAUUAUCCUUGGUCCAACCAGCUCGAUUCAGGCUAGGAGGGGAGAUGAACAUGGAUUAUGAGACGGGAUUUGUUUCCGAGCUAUUGAAACACUGCCAAACUGUCUUCGAGUUGGAGGUUUGGUCGACAAAUCAGCAGAGGAAUGGAAGGAAAUUGAUUUAUGAAUUGGGGCCUCAACUAAAAACCCUCAAAUGUGACUUGGAUUAUCUAAGAUCCAAUGGAUUAAGACCGAUGAAGCUGGAUGAAUUGAUUGGAGAUUUCAAAUUACAGUCAGGUAAGGAUAAAACAAUUAUUUUUCGGAAUUUUUUGAAAUAUAAUUGAGUUUGAUUGUCUAUAGUAAUGUAAAUGAUGAUUAUUUUAUUUCCAGGUGUGGUUGACAUUGCGGAUAUCAUGAAACACGAGAUUAGAUGUCUCGAUUUGACAAAUACUUACUGGACUCAUGUGACUUUUGAGUAAGUUCAUCAUGGAUAACAUAAAUUAAUUUUUUUUAAAUGUAAUUCUGGACAUUUUUCUUUUCAGCACCGCAUUACCAGCCCCUCAGGACCUCAAAGAGCUGAAAAUCAGAUACCGACAUUGUGAUCGGCCCCGAAUGAAAUCCUUUUUUGAAAAUAUGAACAAGGUCAUCUCCGGGAAAUUCAAACUCUUCCUCACGUCGAACGAGUUCCUGUCCCCCGAAAGAAACAGCUCUUUGUAUCAGAAGGCGGUCGACAAUAUGCCACACAAACUCCUUGGCAAUAUGGUAGAGGUCUUGAAAGAGAUUCAGAGUUUCCUCAACGAAAAAUUGAUUCACAUCGAGGUGAAGAUCAAGGCCAGGAUGAAUUGCGCAGGUGUCAGUGAAGUAAGUUCUUAA